GAAACUGAAGUUGAAAACUGAUUAUCAAUAAAUGUCGAUUGAAUAUCAAAAACUGUCAGUGAUAUAUGUUUAUGUUUGUUAUUUUCACUUGAUUUGAAGAUGAGCAGAAACCUGUGUUGGUCAUGCCUGUAUAGCUGAUAAGUUGGGAGUUCAUUACCAUUUGUCAUAGUCUCCAAGUGUACUGAGGAUGGGAGGGUUUCCUUCGGAAAAUGGCACCUCAGCCUCGGCUUUGCCAGGUUCACAGCCAAACCAAGUUUCUGCUGUAAAAGCAACUGCACCCGAGUCAAAGCCAAAAAAGAAGAUCUGUUGCGCUUGCCCUGAAACAAAGAAGCUGAGAGAUGAGUGCAUCAUACAGCAUGGUGAAGAUGCUUGCAAAAAAUGGAUUGAUGCUCAUCUAACAUGCCUCCGUGCAGAGGGAUUUAAAGUUUGAGUUCAAUUGAGAUCGAAUUUGAACUGACAAAAUAAGCAACAAGUAGUGAUCCAUUUAGCUGAUAGAGACUACAUACUGGGAUGUUUUUACUGAGAUCGGAUACGAAAAAUAAGUGAGAAGACAGCAUUUUUAUGGAGGUGUAAAUUGAUACAUCUACACAACCCAUGCCUUUUCUUUUUGUUCUCGAAUGAUGAAUGUGUCUUUCUUUUUGACAUGCUCUGAGUUGAUUUUAUUUGGGGAAGUGAUUCACUCUCACCCAUCCACAGUUGGGUUGGUCAUUCAUAAAUGACAACUUAGUAUUUAUAAGCAGAGAUGUUUCUGAUUCUGGGAAGUACACUUUUGUUGAUUGUUUCGUUAGGCUUCUUGUUAGCUAAUGUUCUGUUAAGGCUGCUUAAUUCU